UGUACUGUGUGUGGGUGGAUACAUGUGUACUCACUGCUGUGUGUCUUUAUGCAGGAUGAUGAGAUUAAUCAGCAGAGUCAGCUGGUGGAGAAAAUGAAGGACCAAAUGCUGACUCAGGAUGAGUUGCUGGCAUCCACGCGCGGGGACAGCGAGCGGGUCCAGAUGGAGCUGGCUCGGCUGCAGACGGAGAGCGAGAGCGCCAACAUGGAGGUGAAGGAGGUGCUGCAGGCCCUGGAGGAGCUGGCCCUCAACUACGACCUGAAGAGCCAGGAGCUGGAGGAGAAGGGUCUGCAGAACAAGCUGCUGGCUGACGAGCUGUCGCAGAAGAUGGCCAUGCUGAUGUCACUGGAGGCGGAGCUGUGCCUGAUGCAGGAGGAGAGUGCGCAGCAGAGGAAGCGCAUCGCAGACGUGCUCAACGGCCUGAUGAGGGACCUGAGCGAGUUCAGCAGCAUCGUGGGGAACGGAGAGAUACGACUGCCGGUGGAGAUCAGCGGGGCGAUCGAGGAGGAGUUCACCGUGGCGCGUCUCUACAUCAGUAAGAUAAAGUCGGAGGUGAAGUCCAUGAUGAAGCGCUGCAAGCACCUGGAGAACCUGCAGCUGGAGUGCCAUCGCAAGAUGGAGGAGACCGGCCGCGAGCUGUCCUCCUGCCACCUGCUCAUCUCACAGCACGAGGCGAAGAUCCGCUCCCUGACGGAGUACAUGCAGAGCAUGGAGCAGAAGAGGAGGCAGCUGGAGGAGAGCUACGAUGCCCUGAGCGAAGAGCUGGAGCUGAGCCACCUGCAGGGCCCGGAGAACGUACAGGGCGAAUCAACCAAGAACAGAACACAGGACCCUGAGGAAGGAGGUGAUGACAAGAAUGCACUGGAGCAGCGUGCUGAGAGCCAGCGGGAUUCGCACCACCGGCAGCUGGGACGCUUGCGGGACGAGAUCAAUGAGAAGCAUAAGCUCAUCGAUGACCUCACAGAGUCUGUGUCUCCGCCCCUCUUUGACCUCAAAAUUCGGAACCAGAAGCUGGAGUUGGAGCUGGAGCAGCUACGCGUUGAGUACGAGUGCCUGAGGAGCCGCGAGCACCACAAAAGCGAGCGCCUGGCAGAGCUGACCAGAUUUAUGCACGAGCGGCACGAGCAGGCCAAGCAGGAUCUAAAGGGCCUGGAGGAGGCAGUGGCCCGUGAACUCCAGACCCUCCAUAACCUGCGCAAGCUUUUUGUUCAAGACCUCACAAAUCGAGUCAAGAAAAGUUCUGAAAUUGAGGCUGAUGACACUGGGGGGUUUGCCACCCAGAAGCAGAAGAUUUCCUUUCUUGAGAACAACCUUGACCAGCUUACUAAAGUUCACAAACAGGUGAUGGAGUGUUACAGACAGCUGGUACGUGACAAUGCAGAUCUGCGCUGUGAGCUUCCUAAACUGGAGAAACGUCUUCGGUCUACGGCUGAGAGGGUUAAGGCCCUGGAGGGGGCCCUGAAGGAGGCCAAGGAGGGCGCCAUGAAGGACCGGCGGCGCUACCAGCAGGAGGUGGAGCGCAUCAAGGACGUCAUGCGCGCCAAGAGCUCGCUGCGGCGCCCCCACGCUGCGCAGAUCGCCAAGCCGAUUCGCCCGGGACACAACCCCGCCUGCUCCCCUACCAACCCGCUGAUUAUGCGCACAAAUGAGCCAAUCGCCUUCAGCAACGUGCUGUUCCAGCGCGCAGCCCCGCCCAUGGCCCCGCCUGUGGCCCCGCCCACUGCCCCGCCCUGCGCCCCCAGCCUCACACAGAGCCGUGGGGUGUCAGACAGCAAACGGAACACUGUGAUCAGCUCCACAGAGGGCUUGGACACCUACCUGCUCAAUGUGGAGAACGGCAACGCCACGGACAUCAAUGAUAACGACAGGGGCAGGAUGCUCUGUGGCACUGAGAUGGACGACUCCGCCAAAGUUUACCUGAUCCAUCAGCAGAGCGCAGCCAGCUAGUGACCGGAGCCCGGUGAGGGAGGGGCCCAGGUGAUGUUUCUGCCAGGUUCUCCAGUAGGCCUAUCCUUGUAAAUGUGUAAAUCUGCAUGCUGCACACACACACACACACAGACACACAUACACCUACACACACACACAGACACUCACACACAUGCACACACACACA